AAAGAAGAGUAGAACAAAAGAAAAUAUAAUAUCAAGGAUGGGGUGAGAUGAGGUGGGGUGGGGAGUGUUAUUCUUACCUUACAAAUGUAUCCCAGUAGGUUAUUCUAUCCCCCUAGCCCCCAGUCCUCCCUCUACUCUGAGAGAGGGACUGUAUUCCACCACCUUUUCUUCUACCCGUCAUAGAUUUCAAUUUGCUUUUUUUGUGACAGAUAAUUCAUAUAGGUCUCAUUAGAUUUUUCUUGAUUGAUUUGAUUGAUAACUGCUUUUUACUGCUACUUUAUUUGUGAUCUGCCUGAAUUUUGGGGCAAAAUGGAUAAUUGUGGCAAACCAAUUGUAUUCACCGGUUAAGAUUAUCAAAUUCGAUCUUGUUCUUAGAUCUGGGUGCCUGUAAAUAUAUUUUGCUGAGGAAAGGAUCUCCUUUUGGGGGUAAAUGAUGCAAUUUAUUAGUAGAUGAAAUGUGGGUUCCAUGUAAGCCUGUGUAGAAGUGUGUUUGUAGGUAUUAUUUGGAAAAAUAGAAUAUCAAUGUGGUUUAAUCUGCACUGUUUGGAUGGAUGUACGUGAAUUAAAGCGAGCAUUAAAGAAGCUAUCAACAGCAGAUACUAUUAGAACACCAGCAUCGGUUCCUGCUGAUAACAGAAAUGCAGCCAGCGGGCGGGCCCGAACUAGAGAAGUUAGUUCUAGGUAUAGGUCACCUUCUCCAUCUGCAGUGUCUGGCACCAUAUGCAGCUCUUCGCCGAAUUCCACUAGGCCAUCAUCGGCCUCAACCGUGUCAACACAAAGGCGGGCUGUAUCAGCCGAUAGGAACCGCCCCUCUAGACCAUCAUCCCCACCUGGCCAAUCUUCAUCAACACCAAUCAAGGAUACAGCUGCAGAAACAUUAUUGGUAUCAAGAAAAUCUGUAGGCCAUAGGUUGCCGGAGUCUUUAUGGCCAUCUACAAUGCGGAGUCUAAGCGUUUCAUUUCAAUCUGAUUCCUUCUCUCUUCCUGUUAGUAAGAGAGAAAAACCAGUAUCUCAUACUCAUUCCGAUCGAACUUUGAGGCCAUCUUCAAAUGUAGUACAUAGGCAAGGUGAAACACCUUCUUCUAGGAAGCCUACGCCAGAGAGGAAUAGGAAUCCGCUGAAGGGAAAGAUUUCUACUGAUCAGUCUGAGAAUUCUAGACCUGUAGAUAGUUUACAUUGUCGACUAGUGGAUCAACAUCGAUGGCCAAGCAGAACAGGUGGGAAAGUAUCAUCCAACGCUUUAAACAGAAGUAUUGAUUUCACUGAUAAGAUGAGCAAAACUUCAUCUUUACCCCGUUCGGGUAUGGUUACCCCUCCGUUGAGAAGAUUAUCUUUGGAUGGGGCAAGUAUACCUUUACAAAAAUCUGCCAGUGACUUAUUGACGCUAGUAUCCUGUGAUGAAAAUGGAAAGGCAACUAUGAAGGGUAGUUCGGUUGAUGAUACUUCACUACGGACGCAAAAGCUUGGGUUUUCAAGGUCACUGGUCAGGACACCUUCAGUGAAUCCUGCAGCUAGAUCCCAUUCUCUGUCAACUGGAUCGCGUCCCCCAUCACCCUCUGUGUCUAGAGGGGUCAGUCCUUCACGAACGAAGGCUGUCAAUCCUCCUCCUUCUAGAGGACCCAGUCCUGCUCGGGUAAGACCAUCUAGCCCAUCCAGACAACCUCAGACUUCGACUUCUGUUCUCAGCUUUAUUGCUGAUAUUAAGAAAGGAAAGAAGGCUGCAAAUCACAUAGAAGAAGUCCAUCAAUUGCGGCUAUUAUAUAAUAGACACUUGCAAUGGCGAUAUGCAAAUGCCCGAGCAGAUUUUGUGUUACAUUGUCAGAAAGCAAAAGCAGAGCAAAAAUUGUACCGUGUGUGGAGGACAAUUUCAGAUCUGUGGGAUUUGGUAAUUGAGAAAAGGAUUGUCCUUCGGCAGCUGAGACUCAAGUUGAAGCUAUGUUCCAUAUUGAACAAUCAACUGACCUGUCUUGAUGAGUGGGCUUUUAUUGAAAGGGACAACACUAACUCAUUAUCAUCAGCUAUCCAAGAUCUGCGGGUUAGCACUCUCCAUAUUCCAUUCACUGGAGGAGCCAAGGGAGACAUCGAAACUGUUAAGGCAGCUAUUUACUCAGCCGUUGAUGUGAUGCAGUCAAUAAGAUUCUCCUUAUGUUCCAUACUUUCACGGGUUCAAGGGAUUAAUUGCCUGGUUUUUGAACUUGCUGAUGUAGCAGCCCGAGAAAGAGCCUUGCUUGAUGAAUGUGAAUCACUUUUGGCUUCUACAGCUGCAAUGCAGGUGGAUGAAUACAGUCUAAGGACUCAUCUGUUACAGUUGAAACAAGCUCAGAGAAAUGGCGUGCCGCCAAUGCUCGGGAACCAUACAUGACUCUUAACAACUCUACCUCUGCCUGCCUGGGGAGGAUGACAAAAGACACUGCCUCAAUGUCGGGUUUUAGCAAGUGUAUAUUGAGAAUUCUCUCUCACCUUUUUUGUUUUGUGUUUUUAUUUUUUUACUUUAGAUAGAAUUUCUAAGUUAUUCAUUUUCUUGUUUUUCUUUUCAUUGACUGGCCCUGGCUGCUUCUAUAUCAUGUCUAAAUGUAUCUAUGUUUUGUAUAUUUAAUUAAUAGAAAAUGAUGUUAUGAAUCA